ACCCCCUUAAAGUCCCAUUGAAGCGCGACCCAGACCUGUGUGCGUUUUAACUCCUCAGUUUUCAGGCUCCCCAGUUGUGUUUAUCUGUGAAAACCAAACAUGACGUCUAUCAUCAAACUAACUGCGAUUUCCGGAGUGCAGGAGGAAUCUGCUCUCUGCUACCUCCUGCAAGUGGAUGAAUUUCGCUUUCUGCUGGACUGUGGUUGGGAUGAAAGUUUCUCUAUGGAUAUAAUUGAUGCACUGAAAAAGUACGUUCAUCUAGUCGACGCAAUCCUACUUUCUCAUCCGGAUCCAUUACACCUCGGCGCUCUCCCAUAUGCUGUUGGGAGGUUAGGAUUAAACUGUGCAAUUUAUGCCACUAUUCCCGUUUACAAAAUGGGACAGAUGUUUAUGUACGAUCUCUAUCAGUCUCGACACAAUACUGAGGAUUUCUCACUCUUUACCUUGGAUGAUGUUGAUGCAGCGUUCGACAAGAUCCAGCAGUUGAAGUAUUCCCAGAUUGUCAAUUUAAAAGGCAAAGGACAUGGUCUGUCCAUAACUCCUUUACCCGCAGGCCAUAUGAUUGGAGGAACAAUCUGGAAGAUUGUGAAAGAUGGAGAAGAGGAAAUAGUUUAUGGUGUUGACUUUAACCACAAGAGAGAAAUCCACCUGAAUGGAUGUUCAGUGGAAAUGAUCAACAGACCCUCUCUGCUCAUCACGGACUCUUUCAAUGCCACUUAUAUUCAACCCAGAAGAAAACAGCGAGAUGAACAAUUGCUCACCAAUGUCUUGGAAACAUUGCGUGGUGAUGGCAACGUGCUGAUUGCUUUAGACACUGCUGGACGAGUGUUAGAACUGGCUCAGCUUCUAGACCAGAUCUGGAGGACUAAGGAUGCUGGACUGAGUGUUUACUCUCUCGCUUUGUUAAAUAAUGUUAGCUACAAUGUGGUGGAGUUUUCCAAAUCACAGGUGGAAUGGAUGAGCGACAAGUUAAUGAGAUGUUUUGAAGACAAACGGAACAAUCCCUUUCAGUUCCGCCAUCUGUCUUUGUGCCACAGCCUUUCGGACUUGGCACGAGUUCCCAGUCCAAAGGUUGUGCUGGCCAGUCAGCCUGAUAUGGAAUGUGGGUUUUCUCGUGACCUUUUCAUCCAGUGGUGUCAGGACCCAAAGAAUUCUGUCAUCCUUACCUACAGGACGACACCGGGAACACUGGCCAGAUACCUAAUAGACAACCCGAGCACCAAGAAAAUGGAUAUGGAGAUUAGACGGCGGGUAAAAUUGGAAGGGAAGGAACUGGAAGACUAUCUGGAAAAGGAGAAACUCAAGAAAGAAGCAGCUAAAAAGCAGGAACAAGAAAAGGAGCGAGAUGUUGACUCAAGCGAUGAGAGUGACGUUGAAGAAGAUCUGGACCAGCCGAUAACGGGGAAAACCAAACACGAUCUCAUGAUGAAAAGUGAGAGCAGUCGCAAAGGAAGUUUCUUCAAACAGGCUAAGAAGUCUUACCCCAUGUUCCCGGCCACGGAAGAAAGACUGAAGUGGGAUGAAUACGGAGAAAUAAUAAGAGCAGAGGAUUUCUUGGUUCCUGAACUUCAGGCAGCAGAGGAAGAGAAGAGCAAACUUGAUUCUGGUCUGAGCAAUGGUGAGGAGCCCAUGGAUCAGGACCUGAGUGACGUUCCAACAAAAUGUAUUUCAACAUCCGAUACCAUAGAAAUCAGAGCCAGAGUGACAUAUAUUGAUUAUGAGGGACGCUCAGAUGGUGACUCGAUCAAAAAGAUAAUUAAUCAGAUGAAACCGCGGCAGUUGAUUAUUGUUCACGGACCCCCAGAAUCCAGUCAGGACCUGGCUGAAUCUUGCAAGGGAUUUGGUGGGAAGGACAUUAAGAUUUACACACCAAAGCUUCAUGAAACAGUGGAUGCAACCAGUGAGACUCACAUAUACCAGGUCCGACUGAAGGAUUCAUUAGUUAGUUCUCUUCAGUUCUGCAAAGCGAAGGAUGCGGAGUUGGCCUGGAUAGACGGUGUCUUGGACAUGAGGGUGUUAAAGGUUGACACUGGGGUCGUUCUGGAAGAGGGGGACUUGAGGGUGGAUGAUGAUGGAGAAAUGCAGGUCGACACUACUGCACCCACACAUACCUCCGACCCAGUUGCUGCUCAGCAAAAAGCUAUCAAGAGUCUAUUUGACGAUGAUGAGAAAGAGGCCAAUGAUGACCUCGAUGUCAUCCCAACACUGGAACCAUUGCCACCAAAUGAGGUUCCCGGACAUCAAGCUGUCUUCAUUAAUGAGCCAAGAUUAUCUGAUUUUAAACAAGUUCUUUUGCGGGAAGGCGUUCAGGCUGAGUUUGUUGGUGGUGUGCUGGUCUGUAACAAUGUGGUGGCGGUCCGAAGAACUGAGACAGGACGAAUCGGACUAGAAGGUUGUUUGUGUGAAGAUUAUUAUAAAAUACGGGACCUAUUAUAUGAACAGUAUGCAAUUGUGUAGCUAACAGCACUUGGAAUGCAUUUGAAAGACAAAGAUUGGUGUUCCAGAAGGCUCUAAAAGUGUCAGUCUCUGUUGAAAAAAACAUUUGCUUCAUCUAAAGUCUAUACAAUUUUUAAUUGUUUUUUUAGGACAGCAUUUGUUUAUACCUGUGUGAAUAUUUUUCUUGUUUGCAAUUCUACUGCAAAGUAUUUUGAAAAUAUUAUACAGUCGAACAACUGUUAUGUAUUCUACUGCUGUUAACACAGUAAAAUGUUCUGUUAAAUAUAGAAUAUGUUCUACACAAUUCAUCAGUUUUCAGUCUGUGUGGGUUGCUUUUGUGGCCACUUUGCUGAUUCAAAAAAAAAACGAGUAAAGAAUUAUUUAGAACAAAUGUUGGCUUUCAUGCCCAUUACAUCUGAUAUCAGUUAAUGUUAAUAUUGCAGCUGCAAAAUUUUAGUAUUUAACCUGUGAGCAAUUAGCUUUGCUUAUUUAAUGAGGGGAGGGUACACAGCAGUAAGAAGUAGGGAAGUAUUCAAAUGAUAUAAACUGGCACAGCUGGUAAGAUUUAUUUUUACAGCCUGUAUCUUUUUUAUCAUUGUUUUAUUCGGUUGUAAAUUCCUUAGAUCUCGCUCAACAUCAGAUCUUUGCAGAUGAUUAUAUUUUAGAAUGAGUUGCUGAUCUCAUUCUAACAUGGUUAUUCACUUAUAAAGCUGUUGUUGACAGUUUUUUUUAAGUGAAGUUGACAGUACAGAAGUUAACGUACGAAUGUUAAUAUAUUUGAACAGGUUUAGUAAAUAUUUGAGUGCUGUUUUGAUAAAGGAUCAAAAUGCUAUUUUGAGCAUAUUUGUUUACGAAUGUAUUGUAAUAAGCUCUAUUUUUGAAAUCCGAGUGAAAUUAAUAAUAGUUCAUAAAAUUCCUUGUUCAAAUUUCA